AUGUCUAUCCCCGAAACCAUCACCGCGUUGGACAACUAUCCGCCUUUACUCCGCAUACCCUCGGAAAUCCGCCGCGAAAUCUUCAGAUAUGUCUUGCCAUCCUCAACAAGGAGGUUUCUGCUGUAUACCGACUGCGAAUCCACCGCCAUCAGCAAGAAGUGGAAUCGCAAGUGCCGCCCACACCCAGACACGUUGAGCCUCGACAUCCUGCAAACAAAUCGUCUCAUCUACAACGAAUGCCUGUCGAUUCUCUACUCGGAAAAUCUAUUCCACUUCUACGCCUUCAAUUAUCUGCCAGUUUUGGAUUUCAUACGACACUUGAGUCCUGAGGCAAAAAGCUUAGUCAGGAAGGUCCGGCUGACGCCUCUCACGGACAAUCAAGAUGAGGAGCCGGCCAACCACAACGCUUUUUGCACAGUCAUUCACGACUCUCUACCCGGACUAAGUGAGCUACAGGCCGAUCCGCUUGUCUUUUUUUGA